AUGCACGGUGCAGGCACUGCUGGUGUUUGGAGGAUUUCAGCACUAAAUGAAGCUGGUGGAUGGAAGGACCGUACAACUGUGGAAGACAUGGAUCUAGCUGUAAGAGCUGGUCUCAAAGGAUGGAAAUUUGUUUAUCUUAGUCAAAUCAAGGUGAAAAAUGAAUUACCAAGUACUUUCAAAGCCUACCGUUAUCAGCAGCAUCGUUGGUCAUGUGGCCCAGCUAAUCUCUUCAAGAAAAUGGCAAUGGAAAUAAUAAGAAACAAGAAAGUGUCUCUGUGGAAGAAGUUUUACUUGAUUUAUAGUUUUUUCUUUGUCCGAAAGAUUGUUGCCCAUGUUGUCACAUUUGUAUUCUACUGCGUGGUUUUGCCAGCAACUGUUUUUGUUCCAGAAGUGCAAGUUCCCAAGUGGGGUGCUGUUUAUAUUCCUUCUAUCAUAACACUUCUCAAUGCUGUUGGAACUCCAAGGUCACUCCACUUAUUAGUAUUUUGGAUACUUUUUGAAAAUGUGAUGUCAAUGCAUAGGACCAAGGCAACAUUCAUCGGUUUGCUAGAGGCAGGAAGAGUGAAUGAAUGGGUAGUUACUGAGAAAUUAGGAGAUGCUCUUAAAAUGCAAUCAAGUGGUAAAGCACUUAAGAAACCUCGCAUCAGGAUUGCUGGAAGACUUCAUUUCUGGGAACUUCUUGUGGGGGCCUACCUCUUUUUCUGUGGAUGCUAUGAUCUCACGUUUGGGAAGAACCACUACUUCAUAUAUCUUUUCCUGCAAUCUAUUGCCUUCUUCAUUGUGGGGAUCGGCUAUGUUGGCAUCUUUGUUCCCAAUUCUUGAGAGGAAUUUUUUGCUUCAGAAUCACUACAACUGUACAAGUGUCUUCAUUGGACAACAUAUUCUCUGAAAGGAGGACAAAGAUGCAGAUUCUUCUUAUGUCAGCACAUAUUCAAUUUGUUUAGUAUCAUAUAUUCUUAUACAAAAAUGAAAAGUCAUUUGUCACAGUUUGAAUUGUUUCUAUGGAAUAGCAACGGAUUAUGGAACAAUAAAAACGACCAAAGUCUGUUUGUUAUCGCUAGAAAAAUGAAUAUAUUGAAAAUUUUGGAAUUUAAAAGUUUAAACAGUUUUUUGCGUUAAAAA